AGGGUUCGCUGUGUGUAGCGAGGGGAAAACACACAAACACAAGCAUUAACUUGAGGUUUUGGAGAUGCCGCCUACUUGGACUACCAUUACGCAUUGAUUAUUCCCCCCACAGAAAAGCAGCAGAGGAAUUUCUGGGUGCAGAUAGGACCACUCCUCUCUCUGCAUACGAUUGUCUCUCCUCUCUCCACAGUAGGGGCUCGGUGGUGAGGAGGGGGAGGGUGGUCUUGCAGUCGACGAGAGGAACAGGAGUUUAUUGAGGAGUAGCUGCAACGCGAGGAAAAACGCAUACAACUGAGCACCGUUGCCUUGCGGUUGAAAAGAGGAGAAAGAAAAAAAAAAGAUCGCGCUUGGACGACUGACCACUCUGUGCGGAGAAACUGCUGCUCGAAUUGUUUAACUUGUUGAUGCGACGUUAUUCUGCUGCUUUUCCUCUAUCGUCUGGCUGCAGUGACAGAUAGAUGGGUGGUGGAAUCGCAAGUAUUCUCUUCCGAGGAUAGCUGUUUUUUUUUAAUUUUUUUUAUUAAACUCACCGUGGAUGCAAUUUAAAGAGCAGCCUUCCCUAAGAUGCAAUUCGUCUCUGAACCAUAGCACUGUGAUAACCGGAGCAGGGUUGUAUUAAACACUAUAGGCCAGCAUGGCAGCAGGUGUAGCGGCAUGGCUCCCGUUCGCCCGAGCGGCGGCCAUAGGAUGGAUGCCCGUGGCAAGCACCCCGAUGCCCAUCCCUCCGCAAGACAAGAAGAAAGGCAAGGACGGACUCAUCAUCCUCAAUGUGAGUGGGACCAAGUUUCAGACGUGGCGGACCACUUUAGAGAGGUACCCGGACACUUUGCUGGGGAGCACGGAGAGAGACUUCUUUUUCCACGAGGAGACAAGCGAGUACUUUUUCGACCGUGACCCUGACAUCUUUAGGCAUAUCCUCAAUUUUUACCGCACGGGGAAACUACACUAUCCACGCCAAGAGUGCAUAUCGGCAUACGACGAGGAGCUCGCUUUCUUUGGUAUAAUCUCCGAGAUCAUUGGGGACUGCUGUUAUGAGGAGUACAAGGACCGGAGGCGCGAAAAUGCAGAGAGGCUUCAAGACGAUGAGGAGAUGGACCAGAGCAAUGACGUCACGCCGGUUAACCUGACGUCCCGGGAGUUCCUGUGGCGGGCUUUUGAAAACCCUCACACCAGCACCAUGGCUCUGGUCUUCUACUAUGUCACGGGCUUCUUCAUUGCCAUAUCAGUGAUGGCCAACGUGGUGGAGACGGUUCCGUGCGGGAUUUUGCCCAACAGGGCAAAGGAGAUGUCCUGUGGAGACCGUUACGCGCUGGCCUUCUUUUGUUUAGACACUGCGUGCGUCUUGAUAUUCACGGUUGAGUAUCUCCUCCGUUUGAUAGCAGCCCCCAGCCGAUACAAGUUCAUGAAAAGUGUGAUGAGCGUCAUCGACGUGGUCGCCAUCAUGCCUUACUACAUUGGCCUGGUCAUGACCGACAAUGACCAGGUGAGCGGUGCUUUCGUCACGCUGAGAGUCUUCCGGGUCUUUCGGAUUUUCAAGUUCUCCCGGCACUCCGCGGGGCUGCGCAUCCUUGGCUACACCUUGAAGAGCUGCGCCUCCGAGCUGGGCUUCCUACUAUUCUCCCUCACCAUGGCCAUCAUUAUCUUUGCAACGGUCAUGUUUUAUGCAGAAAAAGGCUCCACGGCCAGCAAGUUCACCAGUAUCCCCGCAGCGUUUUGGUACACCAUUGUCACCAUGACAACACUGGGGUAUGGUGACAUGGUGCCAAAAACAAUCGUAGGGAAGGUGUUUGGGUCCAUAUGCUCUCUGAGUGGGGUGCUGGUCAUCGCCUUGCCUGUUCCUGUCAUAGUGUCAAACUUCAGCCGUAUCUACCACCAAAGCCAGCGGGCAGAGAAACGCCGAGCCCAGAGGAAAUCUCGGCUUGCUAGAAUCCGUGCUGCGAAGAUUCGAGGCACUAAUGUCUAUAUGCGCUACAAACAAAAUGGGCUCCUGAUCGACCCACUGGAGGAGGCCUGCAAGGAGGCAGGACAAGCCCUGGUGGCGAAGGCCCCCAGCCCUCCUUUUGAGAGCCAACAUAAUCACCUGCUGCACUGCCUGGAGAAGACCACGAAUCACGAGUUUGUGGACGAGCAGACGUUUCAGGCCAACUGCAUGGAGAUCUCUGUGAUGAACAAGUCGGGGUCCUGUGGGUCCUCGCUGUCCUCGUCUCCACACGGCCUCAGCUCGUGCUGCUCUCGACGCCACCGUAAGAAGAGCAGCUUCAGUCUGCCCAGCACAAACAACCAGGAACUCAGCACCAUACAGAUAAGAGAGAGGCCAGUGGCCAACAGCCGCUCCUGCCUGAAUGCCAAACUCGAUGAGACUGUGCCCUUGAAAUGUGACAAACCUUACAUCACUCCUUCCAUGGUCAGCCUAUCUGCACCGGUGGUGACCUCAUCGGACGGACACGGCUCCACCACCACCACCGCAUACUCUCAGAGCAACAUUGUCCGAGUAUCUGCCUUGUAGAUGUCAUGCUUAUCUGAUCAGCUAACUGGUCUCAAGAAGCACCAGAUGCUGAGGAGAGGGACCACCGAGCAUCAACCUGCCAUAAUCUAGAGGGAUUAUAAGAUUAGCAGAAAUCGGGGUUUUUGAAGUAGUGAUCUCAUCUGAUGUCAAACUCUGCAUGGUAUUAAAAUGAUGUGGACGGCUGCCUUGGAAGUAAAAAGCAAACCAGCAGAUCUUGCACCAUUAAGCACAGCAGAGCAAGGAAGCGUUGGGAUUGCGUGGUUAUCGUUGUUGCCUAAAAAUACUGAGAAAAAAAACUUUAUUUUUGAAUAUGUAUUGUAGUUGUAUUUGUUCUCUUCUGAUUCAAAGGAGGAAAGGCAGAUGUUAAAAAGUCAUUCUUGAUGGCCUCUGAUGACAAAGCACACAUAUUGAUUAACUGAGGGCCAUCUUUGUGAAUAUUAAAUCAUCUACCUACACAUUAGAAACAUCCACUUCACUCACCAACCGGAUGAAUAGAUUGUUUUAAAACCCCUCAAUUAACUGCUUUCUAAUAGUCCCCUCACUGUUGUAAAUUUAGAAAACAUACAUCCACUGGAACGGAUAACUGUUGUGAAUAUUCAUUAACUGACUCAUUAACUGGUUGACGUCAUCGCUUGAUGAGUAAAGUAUACUACGCAUCCUGACAUGUUUGUGAAAUGUGCAAGUGAAAGUCAAAAAUGACUAAAUCUGUGUUAGCUUACAUAUUUGACAUUCUGAUAUGGAUCUUUGUGAAAGCCACUGUCAUCGAUUAACAAUCUAUAUUGAGAACUAUACAGGGUACAUAUUAGUUAGGUGACGAAGUAGAAAUAUAAGUGAAUGUUCUCCGCAACACUUAACUAAUACUAACCCUAAUGUUGAAACAUAGUAUUGACCUGGAAGACCAUAUGAAAGAGUGUUGAACAUCAAUUCCAUUGAGUUGCUCUUAAAUUAUAAUAUGAAUUAUAAUAAGCGAGACUUGGUAGAUUUCACUGUGUUUAAGGGCCAUUUUGUACAUUUUUCAUAUUGUAAAUAUCUCAGUUAGAACUUUAUCGACUGCAUUUGAAGUUGGCUCCUCUUAUUUCUAGAUUUAGUUUACAGUUGUUGGCAUACUAUUUCUGUCUGUUUACUGGUUGAAUUAAGGAUUUGCAUGCUGUCAUUGCAGAAUUCUGUUUUAUUAAAAGUAUGUCUUCUUGUUGGAGGUUUGUCAGUAAAAUUGAGAUUGAUGGAAAGGAAACACAAUGAGGCUGGUAUGUUAUGAUGUAAAUUCCGCAACACUUUGCUUUUAAUGAAAUGCAAACCUUGUCAUAUAUUGAGUACAUAUUUAAGGAGUAAGGAGAAGGGACAAAUGAUCACACAUUGUGCAUUUGGUGCAGUGGAUAGAAUAAAUACUGUAGCUCUACUGAAACAUC